AUGCAUCAGGACACGGCCGGACACACCACAAAACUGCUCCAUAGAGACCACCGACGCACCGACACCCCGACAACGACGCGCUAUAACCUUAGACAGAAUUUUAUAGUCAACAUUCAAGAGCGUAAUAAGCCUCCAAUUCGAAAACAACUGCAAAUAGCCCGGUUUUGGGAGCAGCCGCACGAUCCCGUCAGAAAAGGAAUCAGGCAAAGCACCCAACCACAAACACGCCUGCACCACCUCCAAAAGCACCUCCCGCAACACAUCCUAAAAGAAUGUGCCAUCAGACUAGGCACCAAGCUGGCUCCCAAGCUGGCUCCCAAGCUGGCUCCCAAGCUGGCUCCCAAGCUGGCUCCCAAGCUGGCUCCCAAGCUGGCUCCCAAGCUGACUCCCAAGCUGACUCCCAAGCUGACUCCCAAGCUGACUCCCAAGCUGGCUCCCAAGCUGGCUCCCAAGCUGACUCCCAAGCUGACUCCCAAGCUGGCUCCCAAGCUGACUCCCAAGCUGGCUCCCAAGCUGGCUCCCAAGCUGACUCCCAAGCUGACUCCCAAGCUGGCUCCCAAGCUGACUCCCAAGCUGGCUCCCAAGCUGACUCCCAAGCUGACUCCCAAGCUGGCUCCCAAGCUGACUCCCAAGCUGACUCCCAAGCUGACUCCCAAGCUGACUCCCAAGCUGACUCCCAAGCUGACUCCCAAGCUGACUCCCAAGCUGACUCCCAAGCUGGCUCCCAAGCUGGCUCCCAAGCUGACUCCCAAGCUGACUCCCAAGCUGACUCCCAAGCUGACUCCCAAGCUGACUCCCAAGCUGGCUCCCAAGCUGACUCCCAAGCUGACUCUCAAGCUGACUCCUAAGCUGACUCCCAAGCUGGCUCCCAAGCUGGCUCCCAAGCUGACUCCUAAGCUGACUCCUAAGCUGGCUCCCAAGCUGGCGCCCAAGCUGACUCCCAAGCUGACUCCCAAGCUGGCUCCUAAGCUGGCUCCCAAGCUGGCUCCCAAGCUGACUCCCAAGCUGACUCUCAAGCUGACUCCCAAGUUGGCUCCCAAGCUGGCUCCCAAGCUGACUCCCAAGCUGACUCUCAAGCUGACUCCCAAGUUGGCUCCCAAGCUGGCUCCUAAGCUGGCUCUAAAGCUGGCUCUCAAGGUGGCUCUCAAGCUGGCUACCAAGCUGGCUCCCAAGUUGGCUCCCAAGCUGGCUCCCAAGCUGGCUCCCAAGCUGACUCCCAAGCUGGCUCCUAAGCUGGCUCCUAAGCUGACUCCCAAGCUGGCUCCCAAGCUGGCUCCCAAGCUGGCUCCCAAGCUGGCUACCAAGCUGGCUCCAAGUUGGCUCCCAAGCUGGCUCUAA